AUGGCUCCUGUGACAAUCACCCCACCCGCAAUCCAGGGAAUAUCUCUCUCGAGCCUGAGAAGACAGUCGUCCCUAAGUACUUCAAGCAUCGGUACAAAGCGAAAGGUCAUCUGUUUUUCAGACUUCGAUGGAACAAUAUUCAUGCAGGAUACUGGUCACAUCCUCUUCAACAACUUCGGCUGUGGCUCAGAGCGACGUAAGAUCCUGGACGAGCAGAUCUACAGCGGCGAGCGGACAUUCCGUGAAGUAUCUGAGGAGAUGUGGGGUUCGCUAGACGUGCCCUUUGACGAUGGCUUCGAGGUGAUGAAGGAGGCUCUGGAAAUCGAUAGCUGCUUUCACACUUUCCACAAGUUCUGUAUCAACAACGACAUCCCUUUUAAUGUCAUCUCAGCUGGGUUGAAACCGGUGUUGAGGAGAGUGCUGGAUCACUUCCUUGGCGAAGAGGAGUCAAAGCACAUCGAAAUCGUUGCUAACGAUGCAACCAUUUCGUCGGAUGGCAGCCAAUGGAAACCAGUCUGGCUUCACGACACCGAGCUCGGACACGACAAGGCGAAAUCCAUCAACGACUACAAAGACUCAGCCCGACUUCGAGCGGACGACGGAACCAUUCCCAUGAUCGUCUUCAUCGGCGACGGCGUAUCCGACCUUCCAGCUGCGCAGGAAGCCGACGUACUCUUCGCUCGUCGCGGUCUACGGUUAGAAGAAUACUGCGUCGAGAACAAACUCCCUUACAUCCCCUUUGAUACUUUCGCAGACAUCCAGCGCGAAGUCACGAAGAUUGCCAAGAUUGAUGACGAGAAGACCAAGGGCCAAGGCUUACCAUCCAACUUCAAUCCAAGAGCGAACAUGUGGAGACGCGUGUCAAGCAAGACGGCAAUCCCUAUCUUCGCUGCAAUGACUCCAAAGGAUGAGAAGAUGUUUGUGUGGCCGGAAAUCUUCACACAGCUUAAGGCUCCGCUGAAUGAUCCACCGCUGGAGGUGCAGGAACUCUCUGCUGUUGCUGCCCUGGCUGCAUGA